UUCCCUUUUGUCUCACUCUAAUACCGUCCCCAAAGAAACGCUCGCGCUGGUCGCAUUUUAUUUCGUGCGCUGGUCGUACUUUCUUUCAGUCUUUCGUCCACUUUAGAGUGCGACACCUCAUACAAGAAACAAGUUAGUUGCCAUCAUGUCCACCCAGCCUGAAGACACCAAAGAGCAUCUCGAGCCCGUCGUGGGUACGGGAGAGAAGGAUGGCUUUGAGCCAUCCCGCGUUUACGGAGACUACGUUGAGCUCCCAAGUGGAUUGCCCGAUGAAGGAACUGCCUUGACCGCUCGUGCUAUCAUCAUUGGUACUAUUCUGGGAUCCGUCGUUGCGGCUUCCAACAUUUACCUUGGACUGAAGACUGGAUUUACCUUUGGUGCCUCUCUUUUCGGUGCCAUCUUUGGUUUCGCUAUUAUGAAGCCCCUCUCCGUGAUUGUGCCCAAGGCCUUUGGUGGAGGUUAUUUCGGUCCUAAAGAGAAUUGUACCGUCCAAACCGCGGCUACUGCCGCUGGUGGGCUUGGGACUCUUUUCGUAGCAGCUGUGCCUGCCAUGUAUCGCCUUGGUUUGUUGAGCAAGGAACCCAAAGAUGACAUUGGCAAAAUCCUUGCCUUGACAUUCAUUACCGCCUACUAUGGUCUUUUCUUUGCUGUUCCGCUUCGCAAGUAUUUCAUCAUCAAGCAGAAACUCGUGUUCCCAACUCCAUUUGCUUCUGCCAACACGAUCGCCUCCCUCCACGCAGUCGGCGGUGAGGCUGAGGGUGUGUACAAGGCUAAAAUCAUGGCGGGUUCCAUGCUAUUUGCUAUCUGUUGGAACGUCUUUGGAUACUUCCUCCCGGGUAUCAGAAGUUGGCACGUCUUCACCUGGUUCCACCAAGCCGGAUGUGCCAAAUGUUUCGAGGUUGAGCAAUGGUCUUGGUACAUUGAAUGGACUCCUGCUUUCAUCGGCGCUGGUAUGCUUUCAGGCCUUCACGUUUCCUGCUCCAUGUGGUUGGGAUCAUUCCUCGCUUGGGGUGUCAUUGGACCGGUUCUCUUCCACACCGGCAAGGCAAUCGAGCCCUUCCUCUCCCUCAACAAACUUGCAGAUCCCGCCAACCACCCCACUCCCCGUUACUGGCUUUUGUGGCCUGGUAUCAUGCUCAUGAUCUGCGCUUCCUUUGCCGAGUUGUUCUACAACUGGAGAAGUAUCUACAACGGCAUCAAAGGCGGUUUUAAUGAGUUCAUCGGCAAAAUUAGGGGCGCUCGCGGAAACCGUGCUGACUUAUCUUUGACCAACGUGGAGGACGAGGACCCCGCCCCGCCCCACGAACAAGUGCCCGUACUCGUUUGGUGCGGAGGAUUGGCCUUGUCAUCCGUUGUUACUAUCACUGUUUUGGCGGCUGUUUUCAAAGUCAACGUUGGCGAGGGUAUCCUUUCGAUCAUCUUGGCAUUCAUCUUUGGUUUCAUUGGAAUUCAAGCCAGUGGUCAAACCGACAUCAACCCCGUUGGUGCCAUUGCAAAGACGUCCCAGUUUGUGUUCGGUGGUAUCUCUCGCGGAAAGGGCAUGACCGGACCCGACACUCUCCCACAGGCUCAACUCAACAACUUGCUUGCUGGUGCCGUGGCAGGUGGUGCGGCUUCCCAAGCUGUCGAUAUGGUCGGUGACUUGAAGACUGGUCACCUUCUCCGUGCGUCUCCAAGGACCCAGUUUAUCGCGCAAAUCUUUGGCACAUUCGCUGCGGUUUUCAUCGGUGUCGGGCUGUACAUUUUGUAUUCUAGCGCCUACCCGUGUAUCAACGACCCAGAGAUUGAAAAGUGCAGCUUUCAACUUCCCUCCGUCACCGCCUGGGAGAAAACCGCCGUCGCCCUCACUUCCCCCAAACCCUCAAUUCCAACAUCCUCCGGUAUUACCGCCAUUGUCAUGGGUAUUGUCGCCAUCUUCUCGGUGAUUCUCCGUCACAAGCUCCCCUCAAAGUACGCCUGGAUGGUUCCCAACUUUUCCGCCAUUGGUAUCUCCUGGGUUUUGCAGACGACCGUGUACUCUACUGCCAUGGUGAUUGGUGCUCUCGUGAUGACUGUUUGGCAGAAGCGUAACCCUGCUUCCUGGAUGCUCUGGGGUUUCGCCCUCUCAUCAGGUUUCAUCGCUGGUGAAGGUCUUGGUGGUCUCAUCAAUGCCAUCUUCCAGAUGUCUGGUCUUGAGGGAGAGAAGGUCGGAUUGGCUGUUGGUUGUCCUCUUGACGAGUUCAACGGUACACCCGCGUACUGCGGUUAGGAGGCGUACCGAUAGGCAUUCUUGGCGAGUGUUUAGUUGUACUUCUAUGUUGACUAGCAUCUCAGUAGUGUAGAGAUUGCUAGACGUCCAUCUUUCUUGUAGAUUGACCUCUUCUUGAAAAAAGAAAUACACUAAUAUGUCGAGGUUUUUCGAUACCA